AUGGACUUCGACCCCAAACACGACUUGUCCCUCAAUCUGCCGCUCAGCUUCCCCGGCGAUGACGACGGUUCCGAACCGGCAGAGACGGCCGCCCGGCAACCUCCCCGGCAGCAGACGCAGCGGCAGUCAUCCGUACUACACUUCCGCGCCGACGGAAAGGCCACCGAAUCAACGCCGCCUCCACCCACGUUUACUGUUUACAUACGCGUACCCGGGCCACGAAAUGGCUUUGUCGAUCCGCCAGACAUUGAUUGGAGCAGCGAGAAGGAUGACGCUCUGUGGAAAAUACUGUCGGGCAUGUCCAAGAACGAUAUUGACUGGCAGGAUCUAGCGCAACAGUUCAACGCUACCGUCGAGUUUCUCAUCGUGCAGGCCACCAUCCUAACCGAGCGCCAGGUCUCACAGGUCCGCGCUCAAACCCGGAGGGUGACCAGUCUCGGCGCACGUGACACUCCCGUCAACUCCCCGCUGCUCCCACCCGGCGAACGGCCUCCGUCUGUUGCCGCACGUGCUGCUACGCCGACGUUGGCAUCCGAGGCCAUGGGAAGAACCUUGUCAAAAAAUGGUAUGUCCAGGAAGCUGUCGGCCGAGGCCAUGCGCCGCACGCCGUCUGGUGGUGGUGCAAACACAAACACCGUUGCGAGGGUCAGCAAUUUCGGCUCUCGUGGCGGAUCUCGGCGACCGUCUAUGGCGAUGGAAGGAUCUGCAACCGGUGGCUUCCUGCCAGCCUCUUCGGCCAAGUUGGCCGCCAACCCUAUCGACGGCCGCUUUGCCCGCGUGCGAUCCCGGUUUGCUGCCAUGUCCAUUGACAGCACACGCGCUCCAACAGAUGAGCAGCCGGCAGCAGAAGCCUCAUCGACACCCGGGAGACCAAACGCCAUUCGGCACCACAACAAAUACGACAGCGAGGAUGUCGACGUGCUGUCUCCUGCCGCCACGUCGUCGCAGGCGUCGUCUGAUUCCGAAAGUGACUCGUCCACACCGUCACAGCCUGUCAUGUCGCGCAUUUUUAAGCGUCCGCCCGGCUACCCACAGCAGGACGACUUUGACGCCCAUGGCAGUACGGACACGGCGCGUGCCGGUGUCCGAACCACUGGCCGUUAUGGCGCUGCGGUUGGCUUGGGCAUAGCCUCACCCGACUCGGCUGGCUCUGACGGUGGAGACGAGUCCGAGACACAGCCGGCCUUCCUGCCUUUCAAGACGCCCACGCUGGCUGCCACCGUCACUGGCCGGCCUGCCAACAGGGUGAAAAGGGCCCCGUCGCCGUCGUCCUCGUCCGCCUCUGCCUCCCCGACAACGAAGACGUUCAAGAGCCCGGCAGUUGCUACCACUGGAACUAGAGCCAUCGUCCAGCCCGGAGUAGCAUCGGCGUCUGUUGCCACAACAGCCUCGUCACCAGCAGCUGCAGCACGCUUGCAUCCCUCUCGGCUGCCCUUGAUGCGGGCCUCGCCGUCAACGCUUCACCACAACCGCAACCUCUCGGCCGGCCCGAGUCCCGGAUCCCGAAGGCGGUCGGGCUACUCACGCGAGGGCAGUGAAACCGGCACGACGCCCAGCAUGGGCAGCAGUUUCAGUGACCUGGACGACGAGGCCCUGGCCAGUAGGGUUGAAGACACCAGCUCGGUACAGUCCGACGCACAGUCGUCGUCUACCAUGGCCUCGUCGUCCACCAUGAGUCGACGGCUCCGGUGA